AUGAGGGAUAGUUUGCUAUUUUUGAGGAAAAUUACUGAUUCACAAUUUAUUCAUAUUGUGACUGAAGAAGGUAAUUUAGAAAUGCUUGAUGAAUUGGGUUUAAAAAUGAAAGAAAACAAAAAUGUGGAAGAAUUAACGGAUAUAAUUCUAUCAAAUAUUAAUCAAUGGGGAAAAGGAAUUUAUGAAGUUAACAAGAAGCUCGUUUCGGAUAAUAAGGAAGUUAUAAAGCCAGUAGUUAAUGAUGAAAUCAAAGAAAUAAAGGAGGUUGAAAAAUUGGAGCCAAUUUUUACCACAAAUCCAGCUGAACUAAAAGGAGAGAUUAUUAAUGUUCGCAUAAAGAAUGAAAAGCCCCUAGACAUUCCAUUCGGCAUUACUUUGACUGGUAUGAAUGGAACUCGUAUACAGAAUGAAUUUAUUCAAAUAAAAAGAGUUUUUGGAAGGCCUGAAUAUCUCAAGCGAGUCCUGCCUGGGGAUAUUAUUGUUUAUAUAAAUGAGGAGUGUAUUCUUGGUGCAAGGAGUGGCGAUGUUUGUAAAAUUUUGUGUUCUUUUUCUGUUGGUGACAUUGUGAAUUUUCAACUUUGUCGUGGUUAUGCAUUCCAAAAGACUCGAAUUCAAAUAAUUCGUGGUAAGGAUUAUAGCGGUUAUUUUUCGUUCAUCACUGGGGGUAGUCCAGCUUGGUGUUAUUUGUUGGUUGAUAAGGAUAAGAGAGAAGCUUUGCUUAAGAAACGGAAGACGGGCAAUGUUGAUAUUAACCAAGUCAAAGAAUAUGGGGAAGUUUUAUAUUCAGGAUUGGGUAAAGACCCUCCAAAAGACAUUAAAAACAGAAUGGUUGAGGAAUAUGGGAUUAGCCCUGAUUAUAAGAUUAACCAUUUACCAACCUAAAAAACUUUUGUCUAGCCUUAUAAUAAAAAUCAAGAUAUCAUUUAUGUACUAU